AUGGGCCAUACUCGCCGUGGUUGCAAGCAAGAGCAAGCCGCUAUUGAAAAAGUUGAGGUCAAAUGCGUGAUCUGCAAGGAACCAGGACACCGAGCCCGGGAUUGUACUCAGCCGCGCAAGGAAAGAUCUGGCUGCCAGAAUCCGGCCAUAACGCCAAAGAAUGCCCUGAACCCCGCUCCGCCGAGGGUGUGGAGUGCAACAGAUGCCAGCAAGUUGGUCACUUUGGCAAAGAUUGUCCUGAAAAAGGAGCCAAUAACAGAGCUUGCCGUAACUGCGGCUGGCCACAUGAGUCGGGACUGCCCCGAGAAGAAAGAUUGGUCCAAGGUGCAGUGUAGCAACUGCAAAGAGAUGGGUCAUACCUACAGACGCUGCAAGCAACCAAUUCAAGACGCCAAUGGCGAUAACGAAGGAGCUUAUGGCAGAGACAGCGGCAAGGACUACGGCAACGGUGACAACCAUGGGCAGGCAGGUGGUUGGCAAGAAACCCCAGUUCAAGCCAACGCUGAAUGGGUUGGAGGCGAGGGCAAUGAUGGAAGCGGCUGGUAA